UCUCGUGGUAAAAAGCGAAGAUUUUUGUCCGAUCUUCACCAACACAGUUUCACAAUUUAGAAAAUUGUAUAUGCCAGUUGAAUACACAAAAAUGAGGGAUUAAUGUUACCUUUGGUCAUCGUGAACUCAAUUUUAUUGCAACAUGUCUUGUGUUCACAGAGGAAAAAAAUUCACAUGGUCAAUGCUCCGACAUUUGAAGAGCAGGGAUUGCAGAUUUAUUUAUAGCAAGACGGGGAAAUGGGAUGCAACAAAAUUUACACCAGAAGUUAGAGCUGAAAUAGAAAAUCAUUGGAUACCGCUGCUGCAGGAAAAAAAUAAUAAGAGGUCUUUGAACAAGACUCAGGACUCUCAAAAGAAAUUCUAUGUCUUGUCCAUGUUUCCCUACCCCAGUGGUAAACUCCACAUGGGACAUGUCAGGGUGUACAGCAUCAGUGAUGUUAUUGCACGCUUUCAUCGCUUAAAUGGCAAAGAUGUAAUUCAUCCCAUGGGCUGGGAUGCAUUUGGUCUUCCUGCUGAAAAUGCUGCCAUCGAGCAUGGAGAACUACCUGAAGUUUGGACAAGAAGGAAUAUAUCUGCCAUGAGAAAACAACUGGAUAGUAUGUGUUAUAGCUUUGACUGGCAUACAGAAUAUGCCACUUGUGACCCUGAAUAUUACAAGUGGACACAGUUUAUAUUUCUAAAAAUGUUUGAAGCAGGACUCGUAGAACAGCGAGAGGAAGUUGUAAACUGGGACCCUGUGGACCAGACUGUAUUAGCCAAUGAACAAAUAGAUGAGAAAGGUUGCUCCUGGAGGUCAGGAGCCAAAGUUCAAGAGAAAUAUCUGAGACAAUGGUUCAUUACAACUACAGCAUAUGCAAAGUCCCUGUUGGACGGUUUAUCUGAAGUGGAUGACAACUUGUGGAAAGACGUGAAGAAGCUCCAGAGACGGUGGAUAGGCAACUGUGACGGCACCAGGAUUGAUUUCAAACUGAAGCACGAAGAUACAGAAUGGCUGGAUCCCUUAGCAGUUUUUACAACAUCACCAGAGUGUAUCUAUGGAGUAUCUCAUAUAGCCCUACCUACCAAACACAGACUGAAUGAUAAAAAGUACCAUAAGUCCUCAGAGAAAGAUGACCAAAAAGAGAUUUUACUGUCCAUAGAGUCUAUUCAUCCAUUAACUGGAGAAUCAGUUCCUAUCAUCGUGUCUCCAGACAUUCAGAAUAUACCAUAUACACCUGACAAUGAGCAUUUAGCCAUUCCAUGCAUCAGUGACGAGGACAAAUCAGUUGCUGAUGCUAUGGGGUUUUCCUAUGAUGAUGUAGUCGAUGAGAAUUAUAUUGUUAAGUCUGGACAGUUUUCUGGACUCAGUAGAGAAGAGGCUCGUGAAGCUGUACUGGAGUAUGCUAAAGAGAAGAAGAUUGGCGGUCACCUGAUCAGCCUGGACUCCAAGGAUUGGCUGAUCUCCAGACAGCGAUACUGGGGAACACCCAUUCCCAUCAUACACUGCAGCAACUGUAAUGCAGUACCAGUCCCAAUGAAUGAUUUGCCAGUGAAACUUCCUGCUAUCACAGAAUUCACAGGGAAAUCCUCACCAUUGAAGCAAUCCACUGACUGGCUCAAAGUGACAUGUCCCAAAUGUGGCUCCCCAGCAGAAAGAGAGACAGACACAAUGGAUACGUUUGUGGACUCCUCGUGGUAUUUCCUGCGUUAUCUGGACGCUCACAACACGGAGGCUCCGUUCUCAUCGGACAAAGCUAACAAGUACAUGCCUGUAGAUCUGUACAUUGGAGGAAAAGAGCAUGCCAUCCUCCAUCUGUAUUUUGCCCGAUUCUUCAAUCACUUCCUGUGUGACUCUGGUCUGCUAAAGCACAGGGAGCCAUUUAUCCAUCUCCUGACCCAGGGCAUGGUCAUGGGUGAAUCAUACUGUGUUAAGUCAAGUGGAAAAUACCUUAGGAAAGAUCAAGUGGACUUUUCAGGUGAGAAGCCUGUAGAAAAAGGGACAGGCGAAGAAGUACUGGUGCAAUGGGAGAAGAUGAGUAAAUCCAAGUACAAUGGGGUGGAUCCUCAGGAUGUAAUAGACCAGUACGGAGUGGAUGCGACCAGACUGGCCAUCUUAGGAACGGUUCCUCCAAAAGCAAACAGAGAGUGGUCAGAGCAAGCAUUUGUGAACAUCACCCGCUGGCAGGGGCGUGUCUGGAGCACCAUUACUACGUACAUAGAGCUGGCAAAGGAUCCAAAAUCUUCAGAAAUGGAUCCAAAGAAACUCACUAAGAUUGAGAAUGCUCUAUUUCAGGACAGAAACCACUUGAUACAUGAGGUUACAAUAUCACUGGAGACCCUCUUCAACACUAGCAUUGUUAUGACUCUUCUAUUUGACUUCAUGAAGAAGAUAAAGGGUGUGCCAGAUGGAGCUAAACAUGUCAGCAAAGAGUAUGAGAAGUGUCUGGCAGACAUGAUAAUUAUGAUCGCCCCAUUCGCCCCAAGUUUUGCAGAGGAGCUGUGGGCAGGGUUGAGUAGUGUGGCGAGAAGCAAGGACUACCAAUGGCACAAGAGCAUCUUCGACCAAAGAUGGCCAUCUGUUGACACCAAUAUGAUGGUGAAAGUGAAACUAGUCAUGAAUGGUGGAAAAUCUGUGGGACAGAUCUCUGUCAAACUGAAGGACUGUGGUUGUCUCAGUGAAGAGGAGGUCCUACAACUUUGUAAAAAGGAGGCGAAAUUUAAUCGUAGUGUUGGAGAUUCCUUUGUAGGAUUCCAGUGGAGCCAAAAUGAGUUUCUUCAACAUGUGUUAGACUUCUCAGUGCCAAGUCAUGAACAACAGAAUCAAUAUUUUAAGGAAGAAAGGGGAAAGAACUGA